GGGGCGUGUCCUCGGGGAAGCCGGGCCUGUUGGCCGCGAGGUGGGUGUUGAGGGAAAGAAGCGGUCGUUUGAAGGGUCCAUGGCGGCGAGGCUGCUCCAGAAUGGAAGGUGGAGAAAGCAGCACGGACCUGGUAAUUAACAAAAGAUUUGUCUCGGAGGCGGAGCUAGAAGAACGUCGCAAGCGAAGGCAGGAGGAAUGGGAGAAGGUUCGGAAACCUGAAGACCCCAAAGAAUGUCCCGAAGAAGCGUAUGACCCUCGAUCUCUCUAUGAAAGGCUUCAGGAACAGAAGGACAAGAAGCAGCAGGAGUUUGAAGAACAGUUCAAAUUCAAAAAUAUGGUCAGGGGCCUGGAUGAAGAUGAGUCCAAGUUCCUUGAUGAAGUUUCUCAGCAGCAAGCUCUGAUAGAAAAGCAGCGUCACGAAGAAGACCUCAAGGAGCUGAAUGAGUACCGGAACACUUUGUCAAAAGUCGGAGCCAGUGCUGACUUGAAAAAGGAAGUGGACAAGAAACCCUCGGUAAAAUCAGAAAACAAGAGCAAAUUCUCUCAGGCCAAGUUGUUGGCAGGAGCUGUGAAACACAGAAGUUCAGAAGGUGCCAACAGCGUAAAAAGGUUGAAACUGGACCCGGAUCCUGACCAUGAUAAGGUUCCAGAAAAAGCAUCGUGCGUCCCCCUGGGCGGCAGUGCCAUGAGCGGCUCCGCCCUCCACUGCCCCUCGGCCGCCGUGUGCAUUGGCAUCCUGCCCGGCCUCGGGGCUUACUCAGGAAGCAGCGACUCCGAAUCCAGCUCGGACAGCGAGGGCACCAUCAAUUCGACGGGCAAGAUUGUCUCUUCCGUCUUCCGGGGCAGCAAUUUUUUCGAUGCGCCACUCUAGGCCGCUUCUUGGAGUCUCGCUCAGAACUCGGGUCCUCCUUCAGCCCAGGCGUUCCCUCGAGCUCACCCCCCCUUUCCCCCCCCAUCUCCUUUUUUUGGGGGGGAGGGGACAAUGCAAAAAUCACGUCCUGCAAUAGUUUUUCACAAUGUUUUGGCCUCUUUCCUCCUGUCUCCCUCCUUCCCCCCCCCCCAAAAAAGGUCUUCCCCCCAAGACUGAGGGGAGUCUAGCCAGGAAGAGGUUUCAGGGGUACCCAUUGAGAAUAAAGCAGUCCCCUGAAGCGGGGGGAGGUUGAGAAGAGCCUUCAGGGUGAAAGACGAUGGGGGUGACUGCCUGUCAUUUUUGGAAAUAUUUUCAGAUCAACGGCAGCAUCUCUGCAAGGCGAAAAUGCUCCUUUAGCUGUUAAGGGGCAUUGUGUGACGUAAUUAAAGAGGACGGGAGAGGCCACAUAAUCACACUAGUGACAAGAAGUGAAUUUUGAGAAGUGUCAGAACCAAGUUCCCAUGUUGUGUUCGAUUAAAAUAUAUAUAUAUAUCUCAAAGCAUUUUUUUUUUUAAAAAAAGUCUUGGAUUUUGCCCUUCGUGUUUCUCCACGUAGUCCUGCCGUGCUUUGCUAUCAUCUCUUGGUCUCCCUGCUGGAUCUCCUUGGUAGCCCAAAUUCCUUUUAACUGGGGUUUUAAAGGUGAUGGUCAGUUCCAGGAAAUCUUGAGCUUCCAUUUAAGGCUCGUGAUUUUUUUUUUUUCCCCCUGCAAGAUGACUAAGGAGCUUUUGAAGGAGUGGCUGGCUUAGUGGAGGCAUUACUGAAAAAAAAUAGCAUCCCUGGUAGUUACUUCACAAGGCCUGAAACGCUGGAGUUCUUUCAUAACAACUAGAAAUCUGGGAGGAGGCCAGUCAAGCAACUGGGAUUCUCUGGACUGGAGGACCUACCGUGCAUGUAGUUCUACUUUAAUGCUUUGAUUGAUGUACAAAUGAAACCUUAAAUGUUCACCCA